AUGGUCCAGGUGAUGAAGAAGACGAAGGUCAAGGCUGCGGCGAAGGCCCCCGCUGUCCGCGGGAAGCCCAAGGCGAAGGCCACGGUGAUCAAGAAGCCCGCCAGCGCGGGUGAUGGAGCGACGUGGUCCUGCGAGCAGCUCGCGUCUGCGGCCGCGGCCUGCACGUCCAUCGAGGAGAAGCAGGACCUCUUCAAGGCCCACGCCGACGUCAGCGACCCCGCGCACCUCAAGUGCAUCUUUACGGACAAGGAGAUCAGGGCGCUGUAUGGACGGUUCGAGACCGCCAGGAAGAAGAAGCCCAAGGCUGCGGCGGCCUACGAGGAG